ACCAGCAAGAUGGCGGCGCCCAUGUCUGCGUGAGGGCGAUCUGUUUUUCUCUAAAGUUUAAAAGGAUUCGACACAAAUUCGAAGAAGAUGCUGCGUUCAAAGGUUCUUGCCAGUUUCCGAGCCCUACACAGAGCCAGGAAAGACGUGUUUAAGGGAGACACGGCUGCAUUAGAAGCUGCUCGACAGAGAAUAAACCAGGAGUUCGAGAAACACAAAACAGAAACAGACCCGAGCAAAAUUGAAGAGCUGGUUAAAGUUGCGGAGGACACAGCGGUUUAUGUGAGACAAAUGGUUGUGCAGGCACAGAUGAACGAAGCAGGCAGAUAUGAGCUGCGGAUACGUAAGGACAGUGGUGUUCUUGUGGACAACGCCAAGCUGAAACUGAAGGAGCCACGGAGAACACGGAAGAACAGAACACAGGACAAGAGAUAGUAGAACACGUUUGUAGGCACCGUACUUGGGGGGGGUACCCUUUACGUUGUAGGACCAAGAAUUUUUGGAAAAGGGGAUUUCUAGUACUCAAACAAUUAAUCUAAUAGUAAAUAGUUAUGAAAGAGGAAAGGAGCAUCCCUCUAUCUCAAUAGAAAUUCAUUUGUUUCAGCAAUUACUUUAAGAAGGGGAGGGGCAGUUUUUUGUCGUUCUAUCUCAUCUACAAAGUUUCUAGAGGCUGUUGUUUUGUUGCACGGUUAGAAGAUCUGGAUAUUUCAGAUGUUUUUCCUUGGAUGUAGCUAGGUGGAGGAAAUUCUUGAAAUGGUAUUAAAAGUUACAUCUAUAGAGAAGUUUCAUCUGAGUUUUGUCCAUGUCUCAGUCAGUAGCAUAGUGUGGCCCAAAGGUUAGAGCUGAGAGUUUUCAUUCCAGCUGUUGUCACUGGACUGUAGUGCUCAUAGUCCAAUCUUUAGUGACCCUGCCUUGGGAUCAAGAGGUUAGGGGUUUGAAUCCCGGCCGUU